CCCUGUAUAUGACUGUUUUUAAAAGAUAUAGGUUAUGUAACUUUUGAUUUUUGGUUUUGUUUAUGAAAAUUCGAAGUACCUACGCUUUGGGGGUCUUCUACCGUGUGAUUUGUCACCAGUGACCACAAAGAAUAGAUAUGAUCCAAAUCGAACUUGCAUACCUUCAAUUAUUCCUUAUCCCAUGACACUUAGUAAUUGUGAACGUGUGGUGUGCUGUCUGAUUUGGAUCGGAGGUGUCCUCUAUUCCAUUUACAAUGUCUUUCUUAUUAGGAAAGAAUUUACCUAUUUGGAAGAUACAUAUAACGAUUUUGCAGAGGGAUGGCUUCCACAAAUGCCAAAAAAAGAUGUGGCAGAUUUUGAAUGGGAGACCGUCAUGAAAGUUUUUAGAACAACGGCUCACUAUUUCAUCAUUCAUGUAGUGGUUUCAGAGUAUUUACGUUCUUAUUAUAUACAGCUUGUGCCUUACUGGCAGUCUUUAAUUUCCAUAAUCUUCCUACUGCAGACAGUCGGAUUGUUUGGGUUGCUAUCUAUUCUACUGCAAUCAGUUACAUUUAACUACAUAUCACUAGGAAAACGCAAAUUGGUGCCUUGGAUGACAACGGGACUAUGGAUGACAGUUGUAAUAUAUUUAAAGUCUGCCCAUUGUGCAGAAUACCUCGCUAAGUAUUUCCAUUUCACAGAAGUGCAGGGUUACAUUGUAAUGCUCUCAUUGUGUUGGAGUAAUUUACGUUGCUUAAGUUAUUGCCUCGAUGACGUUCAGGAAAAGUACAAAUUUGUGCACUUCUUGUCGUAUUGUUUGUAUUUACCUACAUUAUUUAUUGGGCCGUUUAUACAGUUCAAAGAUUUCAAUGAGAAUUUUUUCGGUCACCAAUCGACCUGCUUAAGAGAACGAUUUUGGCAACUAGUCGUGGACCUUUCGAGAUGUAUAUUUUGGAUAUUUAUCACUGAGAUGUCUUUGCAUUACUUUUAUAUUAACGCUCUGGCAUAUCAACCUGAGAUAUUGCAACGCAUGAGCAAUUGGGCUUUGUAUGGAUACGGGUAUUGUAUGGGACAAUUUUUUCAUUUGAAGUAUGUUGUUUUUUAUGGACUAAGCACUUCCAUCGCUAAAUUUGAUCACAUGAAAACGCCACCACUUCCUAAAUGUAUUGGCAGAAUACAUUUAUACUCGGACAUGUGGAAGUAUUUCGAUGCUGGACUGUAUAAAUUUUUAGUUACUUAUAUUUACUUACCAACACUUCGUACAUCACAACUUUACAAUAAAAUAUUCUCCAGCUUAUUAAGCUUUGGUUUUGUGUAUAUUUGGCAUGGAAUUGAAUAUAAUAUUUUAAUUUGGACGGUUAUUAAUUAUAUCGGCAUUUGUCUAGAAAAUAUAUGUAAUGAAUUGGUGAAAUUAGCACCCGAGGUACUAAAUAGUAGCUGGAGGCGUCGUGGAUUGUGCAUACUCUGCAGUCCACUGUUGGCAGCAUCGGCAGUUUCAAAUUUCUACUUCUUUGCUGGGAGUGAUGUGGGAAACAUCUUCACACAUAGAAUAUUUCAAAGUUCCUUGAUGGGCAAUGCUGCACUAAUUUUUUUCUUGUAUGGGUGCUGUCAAUUGUCACUAGAAGUUAAACAUUGUGAACAAAAUGUGUACGCAAAAAAGAAAAUUAGUUAAAUAAUGCGAAUAUUUUAAAAUUAAUUAAUUUAUUUAAUUUAUUCAUAUACUCAUUUUUGUGUGUAGGUGCAUUUAGAAAUGUUAGACAAGUUGUUAAUUUCAAAAUAUAUUUUUUUAUAGAUUAAUACACCCCACUAAUAUAUGACCAAUCAGCUU